CCGCCGGCACGGAAGACCACGGGCACCGGCACCGGAGCCAAGCCGGGCGCGGGAGCAGGGCCGGCGGGCCCCGCUCCCCCCAUGCGUAAAGUCCCUUCCCCCGCAGCCGACCAGCCUCCCGGCGCGGGGGACAGCGCCCGCCGGACCCACCAGCCCCGACCCCAGCCCAGCGGUCGCGCCAUGGCACUGCCCCGCACGCUCGGGGAGCUGCAGCUGUACCGGGUCCUCCAGCGCGCCAACCUGCUCGCCUACUACGAGACGUUCAUCCAGCAGGGUGGCGACGACGUGCAGCAGCUGUGCGAGGCGGGCGAGGAGGAGUUCCUGGAGAUCAUGGCCCUGGUGGGCAUGGCCACCAAGCCGCUGCACGUCCGGCGCCUGCAGAAGGUGCUCCGGGACUGGGCCACCAACCCGGGCCUCUUCACCCAGCCCGUGCCCGCCGUGUCCAGCAUCCCGCUCUUCAAGAUCUCCGAGACGGCCGGGGGCCGGAAGGCCGCGGCGGUCAGCAACGGGCACCAGAGCCCCGCCGACAAGGCCGGCGGCGCCCGCAGCUUCAGCCCCCGGAGCCCGUCGGAGCUGGGCGAGAAGCUGUCGCCGCAGGGCGGGGGGGCGUCGGACCCACGCGGCUGGCCCGGCCGCAGCACCCCGGAGUCGGACGGGCCCGGGGCCGAGGAGGAGGCCGGCUCCCCGCCGUUCUCCCCGCCGGCCGGGGAGGGGGUGGCCGCGGCGGGGGCGGCCCCGGGGGUCCCGGGGCCCGCCGGGCCCGAGCGGCUGGAGCCGGAGAUGGUGCAGAUGGUGGUGGAGAGCGUGGAGCGGCUGAUCGCCAGCUACCCCCGGGGAGACGCGGCCGAGGUGUCCUCGCUGCUCCGCCUGAACCGAAAGCUGGCACGCAGCGUGGCCCACAUCUUCGACAUGGACCCGGCCGACGCGCAGAAGGAGGAGGAGAUCCGCAAGUACAGCGUCAUCUACGGCCGCUGCGACUCCCGGCGCCGCGAGGGCAAGGCCCUCAGCCUCCAUGAGCUGACCAUCAACGAGGCGGCGGCGCAGUUCUGCCUCCGGGACAAUUCCCUGCUGCUGCGCCGGGUGGAGCUAUUCUCCCUGUCCCGCCAGGUGGCGCGGGAGAGCACCUACCUGUCCUCCCUCAGGGGCUCCAGGCUGCCCUCCGACGAGGUGGCCAUGCCGCAACCCAAGAAGCUGAAGCAGGAGCCAACCCCAGUGCCCGAGGCUUACGUGCCCCCAUACCGGCCCAGCCUGGAAGAAGACAGCGCCAGUCUGUCCGGAGAGAGCCUGGAUGGCCACGGGCACGCGGCCGGAUCGUGCCCCCGGCUGACCCCCCCUCCCGGGGCGGCCGCGGACCUGGCCCUCGGCCUGCCGGCCGCCGGCCUCUGGAGCCGCCACCUCCUGCAGCAGACCCUGAUGGACGAGGGCCUGCGCCUCGCCCGCCUGGUGUCCCACGAACGCGCCGGCCGCCUCAGCCCCUGCCUGGCCGGCAAGCCCCCCCCCGCCGGUGAGCCCCAGGCCCAGAGUUGGAGGAAGCCUCGUGUCCCGCCCCGCCCGGGGCCCAGCCAGGCCUGGUCGAGGGCCGUAGGGCCAGUGUCAAGGUGGAGGCCGACGCCGCCCGGCCGUGAGGGGCCGAAGCUCCGGACCCCCCACCCCGGCCCGGGCCCGCGGGAUCGUCCCCCUUCCCGACGCCUGGAGUAGAGCCCUGCCCUUCCCCUCCCCCCGGACUGAGCAUCGAGGGGAGAGGGCAGGAAACAACCCUGUGAACUGGGCCGCACUUGGGCCGGGGCGAAGUGGUGGGGAAUCUCAGCUCCCCUCCCCUCCACCCUGAGCCCCCCUCGCUGAGAAUGGACUCGGUUGGACCCUGCGGCACCAGUGAAGCCGGGACCCCCCCUCUCUCCUACUUCCUCCCUGUUUGUGCUUUUCUAGUUGGUUUCUUUGGUUUAACGGACGCCGCAGCCCCGUCAGCCCGUCCCCACUGUCCAGGCAGUAGGCGCCUGAACUUCCUCCCUUCCCCAUGCUUUCUCCGUGCCCCGGCUGUGCGUCUGUUUAGUUUUUCCUGGCGGACUGUACAGUAGAUUAUUUAUUUUGUUAUUUUGGAAUAAAGUUUAUUUUAUGGCGUAG